ACCAUACAAUAUACAUACACAAAUGCAGUGCUCAUCCGGCGAUAGGUAUAAUAACACCGCAUAAGCAUUGUGCCAGCCAAAAUGGCGGGAUGUUAUUUAAUCUGUGCAUUAUUUGUGUGUUUGAAUAUUUUUGCACUUGAAGGAAAACACGUGACAGGUCUAUACUGUCAGGACCCAGACACUCGUAAACUUUACCCAAUUAAUUCAACGUGGCCCUCCGAAAGUUUUUGCGGCAAUUACACUUGCAAACUUAGGCGGAAAAACGUUACACAAACAGAUCACGAGCCUGUUACGAAGGUAAACAUUACCGCACUAGAGAACAAAACUAAAGAAAAUAAUACUUCAACAAGUGAUAUGGACAAAAGUCCAAGCGAGCAGGCUUUUAUAGUAAUCAAAAAAGUUCAGACUGCGAAGCAACCUGCGUUUCACAAAGAAGCAAUCAAUAGGAUAAAUGCGAUAAAGGAUGAAUAUAAAAAUGGAAGCACAGAUACCGAUCGAUAUCUAACAGAGUCUGAAAUAAAAUCGAUUACUGAAAUACUGCAUACGGUGAAGAAAAGUGACUUAGAAGCGAUUGUGGAAAUUUACAACAUUGCUCAAGAUAUUUACAAAGAAUUAGAUAACAGUGAAGAAGAAAAACUUGUAAAAAAUCAUAUAAAUAAUAUUAAAACUGACGAGAGUAUUGUGAAAAAGAAUUUAAAAACUAAUGCAAAGGAGUCGGUUUCGUACUGGUAUGAACCCUUGCAUUAUUUUAGUCCAAUAGUUAAGCCUAACGAUUUGAAAGUUGAGGGAACCAAUCCUGUACCUAAUGCAAAAAGUUAUGCACACCCUGCUUCUUAUUUUAAAGGGCCAUUAACUGAAAAGGAUUUCAGAACACUGCCUUAUUAUUAUCCCCUAUCAAAUUUUCAGAGAAUAUCAUCAUACGUGCACAAUAACGCGCCCCAGAACUUACAAAAUAUACAUCAUAGAAAGCCCUGCAACCAGAAAUUUAAUAACGUUGAACCAACUUGGCACAAUACGCAUACAAACAAAGUUAAAAGAGAUCCAGCUAACCCUAAAACGAUUCAAUCUAUGCUUCUUCCUUACCCUUUUUCCUAUAUUCAUCAUUAUAAUAUCAGUACAUAUCCUGCAAGCUUCUACUAUAAUAACUACCCAUGGGCACAACUGAAUCCUUACACUAGUAUUCAAAAUUACCCACAACAUUAUUAUGGUGCUUAUAUAGCUCAAGUUCCAAAUACUGCAGUAAUUGCUAAUGUUAAUGAAGUAGAGAAGAAACGAAACCAAGAAGAAGAUGUUAAUUAUAUUAAUAGUGAAGAAAAUAUUAGCAACAUGAAUAAAGCAGAAGAAGUUUUUUCAGAACAUUUACCUGAAUGGCAGACAGAAGAGCUAUCAGCUAAAGUUUUAGACGAAGUAAAAGCAAAUAUUUUAGAUGAUUCAAAGUUACUGAAACCAUUAAAUAUAGCUAAAAAUAUAAAACUAGAGAAGGUGGGGAAAGUUAUAAAAUUAGAUGAAUUAAUAAGAACUAAAAGAGAAACGAAGAAUAUUCAUAAUGAAGACGAAGAAUCCGAAAUUAUACAGUACGAGCCAUACAUCGAAAAAACCACAUGCGAGUCGAGUACGGAACUUGGAUUCUUCCGCAUGGGAAACCUAACUGAGCCUUAUCCAGCCUGCUGCCCACAAAAGAUCAGCUGAUAUAAAUCGUCACAUAAUUUUAGUUAAAUUCUACUCUAAAGUAGCACUC